UCAUCUUCUGCAUUAUACUCAAAAUUACCAACAUGGUGCAACCACACAUCCUCCUAGUAACAUUUCCCGCACAAGGCCACAUAAACCCUUGUCUUCAAUUAGCCAAGCGACUUCUAAGCACUGGUGUGCGUGUGACCGUUGCCACCAGCCACUUUGCCAUCCGCCGCAUGAAAAACAAUUCCACAACUCAUGCUCCAGGGUUGUCAUUUGCUGCCUUUUCUGAUGGGUAUGAGGAUGGAUAUAAAUCAAGAGAUGACGUCCAUCACUACAUGGAUGAGCUUAAGCGUGUCGGCUCCCUCAGUCUAAGUGACUUCAUUGCCUCCAACACCAAACAAGGUAAUGGUUUUACAUGCAUAGUUUAUUCUAUACUCAUCCCUUGGGUAGCAAAUGUGGGUAGAGCUCAUGACAUCCCAACUACUCUUUUUUGGAACCAAACAGCCACCAUGUUCGCUAUUUAUUAUUUUUACUUCAAGGGUUAUGGUGAUAUUAUAAGGAAUAACAUUGAAGACCAAUCAUUUUCAGUAUCUCUGCCGGGAUUGCCAGACCUCACUACACGAGACCUUCCUUCAUUUUUUAUCCCUUCAAAUCAAUAUGCUUUUGCGCUCCCAUCAUUUAAAGAACAGUUCGAUAUCCUUGAUGAAGAAACCAACCCAACACUACUUGUUAACACGUACGAAGCGUUAGAGUCCGAGGUCUUCAAAGCAAUCGAUGAGUAUAAUAUGGUUGGAAUUGGACCGUUGAUUCCAUCUGCUUUUUUAGAUGGGAAAGAUCCAUCAGAUACUUUUUUCGGAGGCGAUCUGUUUAAGGGUGGUUAUAAUAAGGAAUACAUGGAAUGGCUCAACGCAAAGCCUAAAUCAUCAGUUAUCUACGUUUCUUUUGGAAGUAUUUCUGUGUUGUCAAAGCCACAAAUGGAAGAGCUUGCACGGGGUUUGCUGGACACGGGUCGUCCAUUCUUGUGGGUUAUAAGAGCAAAAGAAGGUGGAGAGGAAGAUAAAGAAGAAGAUAAGUUGAGUUGUAGAGAAGAGUUGGAAAAGCAAGGGAAGAUAGUGCCAUGGUGUUCACAAGUAGAGGUUUUGUCUCAUGCUUCAGUGGGAUGUUUUGUGACACAUUGCGGGUGGAAUUCAACCUUUGAAAGCUUAUGUUCUGGGGUACCAACGGUGGCUUUUCCACAGUGGACAGAUCAAACUACAAAUGCAAAGCUGAUUGAAGACGUGUGGAAGACAGGAGUGAGAGUGAAUCAUAAUGAAGAAGGAAUAGUUGAAGGGUAUGAGAUAAAGAGGUGCUUGGAAAUAGUAUUGGGAGGUGAAGAAAUGAGAAGGAAUGCGAGGAAAUGGAAGGAGUUGGCAAAAGAAGCUGCCAAGGAAGGUGGGUCUUCAAACAAGAAUCUUAAGGAUUUUGUGGAUCAAAUUGCAAAAGGUUGCUAGAGAUUAAGGAUUUGCUCGCUUCAGCCUUCAGAUUAAUGUUUCUUCUUCUCCUUAUCGCUUUGAUAGUUUCCUAGUUAAUCAUAAAGUGUGUUUACUAGACUUGAUGUGUAAGUUGUAACUACUGGUCUUUCUGAUUCAAUAAAAAGCUCUGUCAAAUCCUAA